AUGGAAAACUCUCAAAUGCACAGGUCUGUCUAUCUAUCUAUCUAUCUAUCUAUCUAUCUAUCUAUCUACUGUUAUUGCUCCCUUUUUAUCUAUCUAUCUAUCUAUCUAUCUAUCUAUCUAUCUAUCUAUCUAAGUCUGUUCAUAUCUGUCUAUCGCAAUCCGAUCCCUAUAUAUCUCUAUCUCUCUAUCUAUGCAUCUAUCUAUCAUUGUUUCUUUCUUUCUUUCGCAGUCGGGACAUCCUUAUCUAUCUAUCUAUCUAUAUAUCUAUCUAUCUAUCUAUCUAUCUAUCUAUCUAUCUAUCUAUUAUCUAUUUCAUUUUUGUUCGUUUUGUUCAGGACAUCCUUAUCUAUAUAUCUAUCUAUCUAUCUAUCUAUCAUUGUUUGUUCGUUUCUUUGUUUCUUUCGCAGUCUGUUCAUCCUUAUCUAUCUAUCUAUCUAUCUAUCUAUCUAUCUAUCUAUCUAUCUAUCUAUCCCAGAUAUAUAUCACAUAUCAUACCAUUUUAACCAUGUAAAUCUAUCUAUCUAUCUAUCUAUCUAUCUACUUUGUGUUAUCGGAAAAUGUGAGAAGUGCUGUUAUUUUUCGAUAUGUUAUUUUGAAUUACAUGUAACAUAUGGAUUCACUGCCAAUUGUUAUCUAUCUAUCUAUCUAUCUAUCUAUCUAUCUAUAAGAAUAUGCCAAUACAUUUCACUGCCAACUUCAAUUGUUAUCUAUCUAGACUCUUCAAAUUUCUUUCUAUCUAUUUAUCUAUCUAUCUAUCUAUCUAUCUAUCUAUCACAGUCAGAUUUUAUCUCUCUCUUUGCCUGUUAG